GCCUCUGCCGGGCUCGGUAUUCAGCUGCCUGCCUGCCGCCCGGAGCCUGUGAGCAAUGCGGAGCCCGGACAAACUGAGCGAGCGGGAGCGGAAGCCGGAGCCGGAGCCGGAGCGGGAGCUGGAGCCGGAGCCGGAGCCGGAGCCGGAGCCCCGCACGGAGGAGGCGUGCGAGCGGCUGAUCCCGGCGCUGAGAGCCGCCGCCGGGGGGCUGAGAGCCGCCGGGAGCCCCGAGGAGAAGCGGGACUGGUUGGAUGAGAUUUACCGGCUGGUGGAGGAAGCCUGGCUGCUCCCCGGUCUCGGCAGGGAGGUCGCCUCGUCUUUGUGCGACCAGAUCCGGCUGGAGGGGGUCCUGGAUCAGCUGCUGGAGCUGCUCCGGUGCCAGAACCUGUCCAUCCAACACCGGGCAGCCAAACUGCUGGAGCAAACCCUCAUCGCAGAGAACAGGGACCGAUUGGCUCGCACGGGCCUGGGAGAGAUUCUGGAAUUGGCCAAGGAUCGUGAUAAUGCUCAGUUGGCGAUAGUGGUCACAGGGAUCCUGCGGCACAUGUUCAAACACACGGAAGAAACGUCCUACCUGCUCAUCACCAAUGGAGGCUUGGACUCCAUCCUGUACUGGUGCCGCAGCAGAGAUUCCACCAUCCUGCAACACUGCUCCAUUGCACUAGCCAACUGUGCCAUGUAUGGCGGAAACGCCAAUCAGCGCCUCAUGAUCGAGAAGAAAACUGCCGAUUGGCUCUUUCCCCUGGCCUUCUCCAAGGAUCAGUUGGUCCGAUUUCACGCCUGUCUGGCCAUCACUGUCCUGGCAACCAACAAGGAGAUCGAGAAGGAGGUGGAGAAGUCUGGGACCCUGGACCUGGUGGAGCCUUUCAUCGCUUCCCUUCACCUAGAAGAGUUUGCACACAAUUGGCAGCACAGCACAGACAACUCACAGGGACGUACAGCCUGUGACCUCCAGCGACUGGUGCAGCUGUUAGACAGUUCACGGAUUGAGGCUCAGUGCAUGGCAGCUUUCUACCUGUGUGUCGAAGCUGGUAUCAAACUCAAACAGAAAAAGACACAGAUAUUCCAUGAGAUUGGAGCCACACAAAGUCUGAAGAGAUUGGUUAGUUACUCUGGCAACUCCACCAUUUCCACCCUCGCUAAGAAAGCCCUGCAUCUGAUGGGAGAAAAGAUCCCUCGACGACUUUCUCCGACUGUCCCGAACUGGAAACCUGGCGAAGUUCAAACCUGGCUCCAACAGAUUGGAUUCAUGGACUGCUGCAAGAGAUUCUUGGAACUGCAGGUCGAUGGGGAUCUCCUCCUGAUGAUUACUGAUUCAGAAUUACGGGAAGAUUUGGGAAUAUUGUCCAGCGUAACACGCAGAAGGUGGGAGAACAUCCCAAGAUUUGUCCGAGAGUUGACCGAAUUAAAGACUUACGCCAACUACUCUACCUGUGAUCCCAGUAACCUGGCUGAUUGGUUGGGCAGCAUCGACCCGUGCUUUCGACAGUAUACCUACAAUCUGGUGCACUGUGGGAUUGGGAAGAGGACUUUACCCGAGGUGACAGACCAGCAGCUGCAAUUGGAUUGUCAGAUCGAGAUUGGAUUUCAUCGAAGCAGGAUCCUGGCUGCAGGGAGAGAGCUGCUGCCUUCCAGUUUUGCCUUGGACAGUCUCCAGCCCCCCUCCGACAGCCCUGAUGUUUUCAUCAGUUACCGCAGGGCCACAGGAUCACAGCUGGCCAGUCUUUUGAAGGUUCAUCUGCAGCUCCGUGGUUUCAGUGUCUUCAUCGAUGUGGAGAAACUGGAGGCUGGCAAGUUUGAUGAUAAACUCUGUCAAAGUGUGAAGAAGGCGAAAAACUUUGUUCUGGUCCUUUCGGCUAAUGCCCUGGACAGGUGCAUUGGGGAUACAGAGAUGAAAGACUGGGUACACAGGGAGAUCGUCAUGGCAAUGAACUCCAAGAAGAACAUAGUACCUGUGGUUGAUAAUUUCACCUGGCCCGAGCUGAAUUCUCUGCCCGAGGACAUGAGGGGGAUUCUCAAAUUCAACAACAUCAAGUGGUCUCAUGAGUACCAAGACGCCAGUAUCGAGAAGAUUCUGCGGUUCCUCCAAACUUCUUCCCAGAAUGUCUGGACCGUUCCAGCAGACACUGGCAAGAAAGCAGUGAUGCCACACCACGAGUAACCUUAGCGACCGUCGAACCCUCCCUUCACCUGCCUCCCGUGCAUGGGACAACCCUCGGACUCCUGCUCUGCAACACAAUCUUCAAAUCUCGUUGGUGAUGGAAAUCAUCACUGCUGUGUGUAAUGAUGAGCCCAUGGGCAGCAAUAGCCAGUAGAUGCUUGAACCUCAGUGGUUAGCGUUGGUGUGACGUUUAGGAGGCAGCUGUUUCCAUGUCAGGCUGGCACUGUGUGUUCCUUGGAGAGCCUGAAUCAGAAAGUGAAGCAACAGUGCCUCUUUUUUUUUGUUUUUGUUUUGUUCAUUCUGACAAUAAUGUGAACGGGAUUUCUGUGGAUUUCCCAACUUUUGACGAACAGGGUAAACCUCAAAUGCUCUGGUGACAGGCGUGGCUGGUUUUGAUGACAGAACUGGCAACCCAUGCGCGGGGCGGGGGCUGGUAAUCCUGAGUGCAGACUGCUCCUGGUAACCACAGUGACACCCCCACACACAUCUAUGCCAUUGCCAAUCCCCAAAGGGUGACUGAACCUAGAGGGGUUGAGAGUGGAGAGGGUGCUUGUUUUAUUGUGGUGAAUCAGUAAUUCACACUCGGUCAUGCUUGCCUUACUUCUUGCCAUUCCCACUAUCACCAGUGUUUAUUUGGGUGCUCCCCCCUCAAAUUCAGCUGCUCUUCCCCACCACAGACUCUCUCAUCCUCACAGUCUCCCUCUCCCUCACAGGAUCUCCCCCCAUUUGCAAGUUCUUAACCCCCUUUCCUCCUCACAGGGUCUCACCCCUUCCCAUUCCCAUUCUCCCAUCGCAGGACCAUGUGAACCCAACCAGGGAAGAGGUUAUUUUGGACUAACAUGAGGAGAAAUUUCUUUACUAAGGGUUAUGAAUCUUUGGAAUUCUCUACCGUCCCAAGAGGGCUGUGGAUGCUCAGUCAUUGAAUAAGGACAUAGAUCGAUAAAUUUUUGGAUUCUAGUGGAAUUGAAGGACAUGGUGGGUGAGUGGAGUUGAGGUUCAGUGAUUGAUUGAAUGGUGGAGUGGGCUUGACUGUAUUACUGUAUUUGUUAUGUCACCCCAUUGGAUCAUAGCUUCUCAAAGGGUCCCCAUCUCUCUGCCCCCUCUCCCGAACAGACUCUCGGCCUCAUUUGUCUUCCUCAGGGUUUCCCAAUUCUCAGGUUCUCUGUUAUCCCUUUAUCCUUCACAGGAUCUUUGUCUGUCCUCCUCUCUCCUGUCUCUGGAUCUUGGUCCCUCCAUCCCUUACUCCCCUCUCUUACAACCACCCCGCCCCCGGUUAAUGCAAUAACUUAGUGCAGCCUUUGGGGGAGUUGGAUGCCAGUCCCUGGUCUGCUAAUUCAAGGUCAUGGCUUGACCUCAGCAACUUUAGUACUUAUCUAUGGAUAAGCUCCCAGUAGAUUUUCUUUUGCAGUUGAUGUUCACUGUGCCUUUAUGAACUCUCUGGGGAUAAGUUUAACUGAACCUUCUUGGCAGAAAUCGGCUUAGUACUGAUCAGACACCCAUUCUGCACCCUGCCUGAAUUUACUCCCCAUUGUCUUCAAUCCUUCCCCAAUUCUUCCUCAGGUGUAUGAUAUUAAAGUGAUCAAUCUAACACUGCAGUGCAGAUCCUGCUGAACUAUUAAUAGUAUAAUUUAGAUUAAAUAAAUCUGUUUGCAAUUGA